UCAGACAUCACUCCAGUAUCUGCAGUGAUAUCUGUCGGAUAAGGUUUGGGUAUAUGGGAGCUGUGCAGUGGGGAGACGCAAUGUGCUGACAGGGACGAGCGAGAGCAAUGAGUCAGCCCAGUGAGAUGGAGAACCAGGCUCACGUUCUCUUCCACAAGUUCCUUCAGGGAAAGAAAUGCACGGAGACGCUGAAUGCAUUCCGGGAGCUUUGCACUGAGCUGCAGCUCGACCACACCGACUUCCAGCAUCUCUACCAGAAACUCAAGGGCAGCCUGAAUUACUGGAAAGCCAAAGCCCUUUGGACGAAGCUGGAUAAACGAGCAUCUCACAGUGACUAUGGGCAAGGUCAGGCCUGCAGCGGAACAAAGUGUUUGGUUCUGGGUGCUGGACCUUGUGGUCUCCGAACUGCCAUCGAACUUGCCUUCCUCGGGGCUAAAGUCAUCCUCAUAGAGAAGAGGGACACUUUCUCUCGCAAUAAUGUCCUUCACCUCUGGCCGUUCACCAUCCACGACCUGAAAACUCUCGGUGCCAAGAAAUUCUAUGGGAAAUUCUGCUCUGGCUGUCUCGAUCACAUCAGCAUCCGGCAGCUACAGCUGAUGCUCCUGAAGGUGGCCCUGAUCCUGGGGAUCGAAAUCCAUGUCAACGUGGAAUUCAAGGGACUCAUUGAACCUCCGAAGAACCAGGAGAAAAAGACUGGAUGGAAAGCUGAACUCCUGCCAGCCAAUCACCCAGUGACUGAGUUUGAGUUUGAUGUCUUGGUUUCUGCCGGUGGAUCUAAUUUUAUCCCAAACGGGUUCAAGAAAAAGGAAAUGAGGGGGAAGCUGGCUAUCGGGAUCACCGCUAACUUUGUGAAUCGGCACAGCUCCGCAGAAGCCAAGGUUGAAGAGAUCAGCGGAGUAGCGUCUCUGUACAACCAGAAAUUCUUUCAGCAGCUCCACAAUGAAACAGGCAUCGAUUUAGAGAACAUCGUUUACUACAAGGACGACACCCACUAUUUUGUUAUGACGGCGAAAAAGCAAAGUCUCUUAAAAUAUGGGGUCAUCCGCCAGGAUCAGAGAGAGACAAAUGCUCUCCUCAACACACACAACAUGGACAAGAAAUCUCUCCUGCGCUAUGCUCACCAGGCCGCCGAUUUCUGCACCAAUCACCAGCUGCCAGAUCUGGAGUUUGCCCUGAACCACCGUGGGGACCCAGACGUGGCCAUGUUUGACUUCACCUGCAUGUACCGCUCAGAGAACGCAGCCCUGGUGAGAGAGCGCCAUGGACACAGGUUGCUGGUUGCACUUGUGGGGGACUGCCUAGUGGAGCCGUUCUGGCCGCUGGGGACCGGGAUAGCGCGUGGAUUCCUGGCAGCGCUGGACGCGGCCUGGCUGGUGCGGGGCUGGGGGAUGGGGACAGCCCCACUGGAGCUGCUUGCUGAGAGGGAGAGCAUCUAUCAGCUGCUGUCUCAGACCAAACCUGAAAACACACACAAGAAAGUCACUCUGUACAGCAUUGAUCCCUUCACUCGAUACCCCAACCUCAACCUCAACUUCUUCAAAGCUAAUCAGGUGAAACACUUGUAUGAUGUGGGGGACACUGCAAAGAUGGAAAGGAUCUCCCUGAGCAGCGAGGAUAUUCACCGCAAUGACACGCUGGGGGACGUGGAGCAGUUGCUGAGCUGGUGUAAGGAGCAGAUCGAGGGCUACGGGAAUGUCAAGGUGGUGGACCUCACUACGUCCUGGCGCAAUGGGCUGGCUCUGUGCGCUCUCCUGCACAAGUUUCGACCCAACUUGAUUGAUUUUGAGAGUCUUAAAGAAACCAACGUGGCAGAGAAUAACCAGCUGGCUUUUGACAUCGCGGAGAGGGAAUUUGGGAUCCCUCCCAUAAUGACAGGCACCGAGAUGGCCACAGCCACCAGCCCUGAUAAACUCAGCAUGGUCAUGUACCUGACCCAGUUGAAAGACAUCUUCAAGGAUUCAUCCCCAGAGCACCAGACUGUCAGCAAAAAGUCGAUAACCAUUUUAUCUGCCAAAUCUGCCCUCUUGUUCCUCAGCAAUCUCCGCAAAACCACAGCCAGCAGGCACACCUCACAGGCCAAUCAAGAGAACAAGGCUGAAGAGGAGAUGAAGCAGCAGAACAAUGAUUCCAAUCCAGUUGCUGGGACAGAGACAGGCUCUUCUGCCGGUGGCCGAGGUGACUUUCGGUCACUGACGUGCGAGGAUGGGCCAGACGCUUCCAACAUCAACCAGGGCUCUGCCCACAACACCCAGGACUCUAUCACGGCCCCCGGCAGCAGUGAGGUGUGUUAUUUCUGUAACCAGCGAGUCUAUGUGGUGGAGCGGUUCAGCGCUGAGGGCAAGUUCUUCCACCGAGGCUGCUUCAAGUGCCACCUGUGCAAGGCAACUCUGCGACUGGGUGGCUAUGCCUUCCACAGCGGAGAUGGGCAGUUUUAUUGUGUACCUCACUACAACUCCCACGCGCUGGGCUCGAUGCAGUUUAACAAGCCAGAAGAUCAUCCUUCAGAAGAACUGGACUUUCUGGACGGAGUGCAGGAAAUAGAGAGUGUUGCAGACAGGGUUCCUGGACAGCCUACAAAGGUAGUAGAGUUUCCAGUUACUGAUGGCGAUGCAGAUCAGGAGACCAAGGAACCAAUUCGCCAUGAGGAGCAAAGGGAAGAUGGGAUGGAAGGUAACGUGGGAGAGGAGGAAGGUGAAGAUGGUGAGAAGGACAGCGAAGAGAUCCAGCCAUGUGGGAAAGGACUCCAGACAGUGGUGGAAGAUAAUGGUUCCCCGUUAUCUGGCAGCAGCAUUGAGGAGAUCCCUGAACCUGCUGUGGGCAGCCCAGCUGCUCUGGAUUUGCCUGUACUUUCUGAUGAGAUCGCAGGGUCCUUAUCUGGUGAUUCGGUCAGGCUCUCCCAUCCUGAUGUCACCAGGACUUUAGAGCAGACAGAUAGGACCAGCGAGGAAGGACCUGGGGUAAACAGGCAUCUGACUGUGCUGCCCGUAGUGAGGGUUGACCAACUGGCCCCUGAAGGGAGCAGUGAUCACACAGAGAGCAAGGAGAGCAUCUCUCUUCCAAGUCAACUCUCUUUGCCCAGUUCCCAACCCCAAAUAAUCUCGGAAGAGAAGAGCCGAGGGGAUGUGGUGGUCAGUGGUAACGGGAGCCAAACUCCCAGGAAGAAACUGGCACUUAGUUCAACUGUGAAGCACAAAUUAGCCAGACUUCACACCAGCUCAGAGUCAGAUACUGAAACUCAGGAGGAUGAAAUGCAGUCAGAGGACAACUCUGACAACAGGGGACUGUCUGAGAGUGGGGGGCUCCUUGUGCCUGACUCUGCUGUUUUCAAAGGCUCGGAGCCUGAGGACACAGAGCAAGAGUGCCAGGACGAUUCCUCACCGGUGCUGAGGGCAACACACAGGAGCAGCAUCAAUGAGCAAGCGCGGAAAAGUCUGGUUUACUGGAACAUGCCAUGCUCAGACAUAGAGGAAGAUGCAGACAACGGUGACCCAGAACCCAGGCCGUCCUCACAGCAACCCAUCCAAACCCAGAUCACCCAGGAGAAAACUCCGCAGGAGAAAGGUUCAGCUCCCGAUGCCUCGAGUAAACCAAAGUUCAGGCUCCCUUCGUUCAACGUGUUUUCCCGUUUAUCACGAAGGCAGAAAACAAGCAAAGACAAUGAACGCUCCUCAGUUCAGACAGCGAAGCCUGACCCACCCACCGCACAGACACCUCCCUCGCCUCAGAGGCAAGUAAGUUUCCCCAGGAUUGACGACAACGAAUCAGGGGAGGAAGAUGAGGAGGAGAUUGAUCUGUCUAGUGAUGAAGAUACGGAGUACAUCACUGAGCAACCAAUCAAAGCCAAACUGACGCCAGAAGAGAUAGCUGAACGUUUGACCACGUGGCGGCUGAAUGCCUACCAGCGGCGUGCUAAGGAAGAGGAGAUCGCUCGCUUCGCCAAAGCACAGAGCAUCCAGAGGCGUUUGACGGAGAUCGAGCAGAUGUUCCACGAGUUGGAGGAGCGAGGAGUGCUCCUGGAGGAGGAGAUACGCAUGAGCAAAGGGGAACAGUCAAUCUGAUGCAGAGUUGGAUGCAGUUGAUUCAAAAGAAGAACGAUCUGCUGAACGAGGAGUCUGAGCUGAU